GGAAGCAGCAGUAGGAUGGAGUAGGAGCAGUGAGAGUGUGAGGCUCAUUCUGUGUUCAGACCUCGCGGCGGGAGCACCUUACUUCUAUCAGCUCGGGAAGAUCUUUGCUCUCGCGUUCUCUGUUGAGAUAUUAUUUUACACGGACAAGGAUACGAGGAUGACGCCAGAGUGGAUGUCGCCGCUGCUGGUCUCAGUGCUGCGGCUGAUCUUCAUCGCGACGCUGUCCAUCGUCAACUGGAUGGCCCUCUGGCGACUCUCCUGCAGCAGCAGAAGAGACGGCAGGAAGGCCGAGCGCCUCUUGGUCACCUCCAUCAUCGUGGUAAGCCUCGUGUACCUGACGGCGGUGUGGGCGCCCUUCACUCUCUCGGCGUUGAAGCACGACCUGGCGGACCUCCAUGGCGGCGGCCACGCGGCGGGCGAGCUCCGCCUCGGCCGCGGCUCCUUCCACGAAGCCGUCCGCCAUGUGAAGCCGCGGACCGCCGACAGCGGCGAGAGCGGCAGCAGCGACGAGUUCACCGUGGAGUACAUUGACCUGAGCAACGGCGAGGUGUACUCGAGCAGGACAGAGGCGCUGUCGCGGGCCACGAGAGCGACCACGGGGUUGAAGGCGCUGACCGCCGAGGCGCAAAGCCCUCCACGCGAGGUUCCUGUCGAGCCCUCGUCGGCCAAGCCUACCGCCUCCUUCACUGCCUUCCCCGUCACAACCUCGAACCUCGCGCCCGUCGUCUGGAGCAGCGACGAGCAGGACCUCAUCACGUCGUCCUGCGCCUACAGCCUUGCCUUUACCGCCGUGGCCCGACUCGCCAUUCUUAGGAGGCCACUCCUUCACCCGCGAGGCUCAUGGGGCGUGGGCGCAGGGGCGGGGAUUCUAGUGGGCGUGCCAGCUGCCGUGACCGUGCUAGUUAGAACUCUCGGGGGCACCACGCCCCAUUUCGCUCCCCACCAGCCCGAGUUCACCGCCGCGGGCUACUUCCUCUACAGCAUCAUCUGCGACGCACACAUCACCCAGGCCUACGUCAUCAGCCUCUUCCUGGAAUGGGCGGCGCUGUUCACGCUCCUGCUGGUGAUCCUGGCCCUCGUGGUGAGCGUCGCCACUAGGUCAUCCAAGGUCAUGAUGAGGGAGGAGGAGGAGGAAAUGCACGAGGAGGAGGAAGGCCUGGGCAGCGUGGAGGGCUGGGCGAGAGACGCAGUGCUGACAAUCGGAGCACUUUGGGCGUGGCCGCUGAAGCCUACUCUUGUGCUCAUCCUCUACUGUGUUUAUGGUCCGCACUGGACUAAUGUCGUCUGCUGGCUGGCCCAUGUGGUCGUGGCCAUCCCCGCCGUCUUCAUCCCGCUGGCGGUAUUCCUCAGUCCCCAGAGCCAGAGCCUCAAGGCCGCCGGCCUUCCUACCGCCCAAGAUCUCCAAGUGCGCAAGAAUAAGGAGGAGAGGCAAGAGGACAAGGCAGUUCCGAAGCAGGAAGAAAUUGCGAGAGAAUGUACCGAAGGGAAAGACUCUCCGUCCGAAGCCAAGGGAAAUGAUUCCCCUCAGGACUUGGCCGGAGAGGAGGCGACGGAGCAGCCCGCCGCCCAGGGCACGAGGAAGGCUGGAGAGAGCCCUCGAGACAACCUCAAGUUCUAUCUCGGAACGGACAUCCUCAAGUACGGCAUUCGAUCUUCACAGAAGCAUGACGACAGAAAGAUGAUACUUACGAGUGAGUGGGGUCUCCCGAGCAUCAGCGAAGUGUGAGGAUGGAAAGGGAGGCGAUGAGACGAAAAUACGUUGCAUUCUUUAUAAGACAAACUGAAAAUAUGCAAGCUCCUAGCAAUUGCAAUUAACGUGUCUUCCAUUAUUUAACGACUGAGGCCGUCCUGCCUUUUCACAAAGUUUGAUUGUGACAUAAGAGCAGAGGAUUCCAGGAAGAGUCUUACCGAGUCUUUCAUACACCGCUGCAGAGUUGUUCAGCUGUUGUGUGUGCAGCAGUCCCGAGGCAUCGUUCUCAUGAUGCAUUUCCUUAUUUAUCAGUCGAGUGAACACCUGUGAUGUUUCUAACAUGGCAGUUAUAUAUCUAUUCCCAUAUCUAUAUUUUAGAAGUGUAAUGUUAUUUAUAUUUGUAGGUUAAUUCAGUUGGACACAGCUUUCAACUGUUCGGAUGUUUAACAUCUGUAUAUUUAAUUGUUUAAGCAACAGGUCGGUAUCUCACGGUGCAUAUAUUGCGGCAUUAGUACAUGUGUUUGACACAUAUAUGUUGAGAUAUAUUGGAUAUUACGUACAUAUUUAGACACCCACAUACACAUAUUAGUUACAGCAUAUAUCUGUUAACAAUGACACAAGUUUUGUACUGCAAACAUGUGCUAACACUGGGCGUUGUACAGUGGUGUCCAACUCUACAUGCACCCGUUUGCACUACUGCAUUAAGGUCAAAUUCACAUCAAACACGUGGAAUACAUUUUGCGCAUUCCGGGAGGAGGAUCUCUUACGGUCUGCAGAUCACUUGUUAAUGUCGCACUUUGUCCUUGAUAUUAUUUUUUUCCAUUUUCAUUCCCUGCAAUCUUUUGAUUUUGUGAUUUAUGUAAUAUCACCGGACACGUUUCCGAAUCUUUUUUCCAUUUCUUUCUCUUCUUUUUACAUUCUGAAGACAUCUUGAAAGGAUGUUCUUACUAUGUUGUUAUUGAUCAUCUCAGCCGAACUAAGAAUUAAAUUAUCUCAUUCCGUUACCACAGUGACUGAUAUUGUUAUAUAUAUACGUAUAUAUUUU